UCCAACCACCAUUUAAUUCCUCCAUUGUAUGUCAUCCUCUAAAAACUCACAUCAACUCAUUUUCGCAAGUUCAUUCGAAGUCUACAAGCUUCGUUAGCAAACACCAUGGAAUCCUCCAACGACCAGCCCAGCCCAGCCGGCACAAUGAAAGCCUUCACCCAUACCGCAUCAGGCCUCCCAUCCGCCAUCCUCCGUCUUUCCCACAGCCUCCCUAUCCCCAUCCUCGCCGCCCCCACCGAUGUCCUCGUAAAAAUCUCCCAUGCAUCCCUAAACCCCGGCGGUUCGAUCAUAACCCGCAUGGUCCCCAUGCCCUUCCGGACCAAGCCCUCAAUCCCAGACAUGGACUUCUCGGGCACCGUGAUCAAAACCUCCAAGUCUGUGCCGGUUUCACGAGAACUGGUGCCUGGGACAGCAGUGUUUGGGACGGUGCCGAUGAGCCAGCAUGUGAUGGGUGGGAAGGGGGCGUUGGCGGAGUAUGUUGCUGUACCAGCUGAGAAUCUGGUAUUGAAGCCGAGCAAUGUGUCUUUUGAGGAGGCGGCGGGGUUGCCGAUUACGGGUGUCACGGCGACGAGUUGUAUGGAUCUGGCGAAGGUGAAGAGGGGCGAAAGGGUUCUUGUUAAUGGGGCGAGUGGCGGGAUUGGCAGUUUGGUUGUGCAGAUGGCGAAGGGUGCUGUUGGUGAUGAGGGGAUGGUGGUAGGUGUUUGCUCGGGGAGGAAUUUGGAGAUGGUAAAGGGACUGGGUGCAGAUGAGGUCAUUGAUUACCAGGAACAUGCUCCUGUCUGGAAAUACCUGGAGUCUAAGUUCGGCGCAGAGCCUUUCGAUGCCAUUCUGGAUUGCCGUGGAGUCCAGGACCUGUGGCUCCAUUGCCCAAAGUACUUGAAGAAAGGAAAGCCUUUCGUGACUGUUGGCACGACUCCGAAGGACUACAACUUCAUCGGUAUAGUGAGUACUAUUGGUAUUACGAUAAGCAAUAUGUGGUUACCGACCUGGCUUGGUGGUGUGGAUCGACCGUACUUGACUGCCAAGGGCUUCCCGGAUUUGCCUGGGAUGGAGAGGGUUGCUCGUUUAGCUGCGGAGGGGAUGAAGGUGCCGAUUGAUUCGUGUUGGGAUUUGGAGGAUGCUUUGAAGGCGUAUGACAUUAUGCUGAGCAAGCAUGCGCGGGGGAAGGUUGUUGUGAAGAUGUGAGGACUAACGAAUGAAUGAUCUCUUUUCUCUUCAAAUUUUUGUCCAUAAUACCAUCCAGUCGACCUUCAAAUUUCAGCCACUUUGCUCCGUCUAUAAUCGUCCAGUUCAUGGAAAAUAUAAGCUUUUGCCUAAAAUCAUCAAUACGAAGUGAAAAUACU